ACGGCUUGUGUAUGAAAGGUCAAGGUACGGUCAUUACGGUUGGCAACAUGAUGGCUGAUUCUGAUAAUAAUGAUAAUCUUCGUCCAAGAAGUGAACUUGUUGAGGUUUUACGGAGAAUCGACAAAUCAAUGCAUUUUGAAGAUGCCCAUUUAGAAUUGUCCUCAGAUGAACUCACAAACAGUCUUAUCUUGUUUUUGAAAGAAAAUUUUUGGCCAGAUGAACCUUUAUGGAAAUCUUUAGGACUACAAAUUGACGAUGAAGUGACUAGAAGGUUUGCAUCCCGUUUGAAAGAUAACUUGUCAAUUUUGUUGGUUUCGAACACCUCGGGAGAAAUCAUUGGGUGUAGGACAAUGUUUCUAGAAACAUUAAACGAAGUAGACGACAUGAGAAUACUGCAGAUCAAAAAUGAAAAAUUGAGAAAAGUGCGAACAUUUCUUGGUCAUAAAUGGAUUGAAAGGAACGUAUUUCAGCAUUUUGGUGUGGAUAAAGCAAUGCAUUUUCUAGCUUUGGCAACUCAUAAAAAUCACAGAGGGCGGGGAAUAGCUUCGAAAUUAAUGAAGGCUUCACUUGAAUUUUGUACAGAACUAGGAUUUACUCCAGUUUGUAUUGUUGGUGAAUGUACUUCCAACAUUUCACAAAAAAUAUUUGAGAAAUUUGAGUUUGAAAACUUAUACACAGUUAGAUAUGAUGAUUAUAAAGUGAACGACGAAAUUGUUUUCACGGACACAGGCGACAGCAAAACAGCCAAGUUCUAUGUAAAACAGUUGUGAAAAAUAUGUUUUCGCUUUUAAAUUUUAUAACCUCAUUGUACUUCGUGCAUCACAUUAUUCAGAUUGCCUUUUUAUCAAAAGUUAUAUGAUCUAACAUUCGGUCACAGGGGUUUGUUACAAUUGCCGGGUUUACUAUCCAUACGAACCCUGUGUAUUUUAGGGGUUCGUAUGAAUAGUGAACCCGGCAAUUGUAACAUACCCCUGUGAUUCGGUCUUUAUCAAGAACAAUAUGUUGCCGUGGUAUAGGUUUUUUCAGUAUAUGGAUAGUAAACUGCACAUUGCCAGAAAACAAAGAAAUAGUGAUGGCAACGUUAAAUACGUUAAUAUAGUCAUGCAAAUAGA